GUUAUCAAGGAGUCCAUGCAAUGAGGUUCUGUUAAAUAAAUCAUCUUUUAAAUCAACCUUUGUCCAUUGAAAGUACAGCUCUGCUUGCUGAUGAAGUAGAACAAGAGACUGCAGAACAACAUUUUGAGAGCACAAACUCUGCACAAGCAGAAAGGAUGUCCUUUCAUCCCAGAGAAUGCAAACUGAUCAGAGAAGAUAAAGAGAAGUAUGGUUUUUGCCUGCGUGUUGAGAAAUUUAAAGCAGGACACAUUAUUCGGAAGGUGGAAAAGGACAGUCCAGCUGAGAAGGCUGGCCUGAGAGAUGGAGACCGAGUCCUGUGGGUCAAUGGAGUAUUUGUGGACAAUGAAGAUCAUGGAAAGGUGACUGAUUUAGUGAUGAAUAGUGCAGGUCCUGUAGUGUUCCUUGUUCUGGAUGAGGACUCUUACAAAAGUGCACAAAAGGAAGGAGUCAACUUUGAAAAGCUGGGUCAAAAGACACAAACUCAACAGGCAGAACAUCCCGCACCUGUGACAAAUGGAGUGCCUGGUCCAGUUCCACAGCCUCGACUCUGCUACAUAGUGAAGGAACAAAAUAGUUAUGGCUUUUCUUUGAAGACCACUGCAGGUGAGAAGGGAUUGUACAUCAUAGAUGUGUCACUUCAAGGACCAGCUGCAAAAGCUGGAGUAAAGCCGAAUGACCGUCUAAUUGAAAUCAAUGGAGAGAAUGUGGAAAACGAUACUCAUGAGGAAGUGGUUGAGAAGGUGAAAAAGUCGGGGAACAAAGUUAUGUUUCUGCUAUCAGAUAAGGAAAGUGACCAGUACUACAAUGGACAGAACAUCCCGUUAACAAGAGACAUGGCUAAUCUAAAAUUAUUGCCCCUCAAACCACGAAGUAUUGAGCUUGAAAAAGGAGAAAAUGGUUAUGGUUUCUACCUGAAGAUGGAACAGAAUGGUAAAGGUCAUUUUAUUAAGGACAUUGACUCUGGCAGCCCUGCAGCUAUGGCAGGCCUUAAGGACAAUGACUUUUUGGUGGCUGUAAAUGGAGAGACGACUGAAACUCUGGACCAUAACACUGUGGUGGAGAGAAUCAGGCAGUCUGGUGAAAAAACUACACUGCUGGUGGUGGAUGAAGAGACAGACAUCAUGUUCAAAAUGGCUAAAAUAUCUCCAUGUCUGUACUAUCAUAAAACACUGGUGCCAUCUCUACAUAAGGCAGAAGUACCAACAUAUACCGAAGAAGUGAAUCAUAAGCCUAGGCUAUGCAGGCUGGUAAAAGGUCCCAGUGGAUUUGGCUUCCGGUUGAAUGCAAUCCAGGAUUUGCCUGGCCAGUUCAUCAAAGAGGUACAGAAGGAUGGGCCAGCAGACAAAGCAGGGGUGCAAGCUGAUGAUAUCUUGAUAGAAGUAAAUGGUGUCAAUGUGGAGAAUGAAAGCUAUGAUGAUGUAGUCGCAAGAAUCCAGAACAGUGGCAACAGGGUGACACUACUAGUCUGCGGAGAGGAAGCUUACCAGUACUUUAAGUCUCAGAAUAUGCCUGUUACUGCAUCAAUGGCAGACCCACUAAAUGAUGGCAACGGCGACCCUCCUGCCUACACAGAGAUACAAACUUUGCAGCCUGAACCACGAGAACGAGCAAGCUCAUCCUCUUCUUCACACUCAGUUGCUUCAGAAGAUGAAGACACCAGAUUGUGAUACUAGCGAUCAAAAUAUCUUCCAGUGUUUAUACUUGAAAUACAGUGCCGUAUGACUCCUACUCUGAAGCACAGAGUUACUAAUAUUACUGCUUAGGAAAGGUUGUCUGCAAUCCUACAUAUGCUUUCUUGAAACCUCAUCCUACUGCACAAUGUAGAAACCAGUAUAACAUCCAAAACAAACAUGCAUAUGAUUGGAAUGGUAUUUAAACAUUGUUUUAAUAGCAUCAGAACAGCAGAUGAUUCUAUUAAAUGAAGAAAUCCUUUUUGUUAAGCCACUGUUCACACUGAGGAUAAUCCAGACUGUAUGCACAUGUUUACCACCAUGUUAACUACAAAGACUUCCUAAUGGAGACAGGGAAAAUAACAUCCACCUUACAUACACACAGUGAUUACCUACCAGCUAAUCCAGCAUUUGUUUUUAUUCAGAGUUAUUGGUUUGUAUUUUAUUAAUUGUUAUCCUCUAGCAAACCGUGUACUCAUUUUAGAAUGAAAUAAUUUUAGAAUUUGUUGCCCAACAUUUCAAUACUUUGAAAAAAAAACGCAAGAAAUCAGCUACAUGCUGGCAUACGAACAUGGAUUUGUUUUCUCCAUACUAAUUCUGUUCAAUAUCUCAAUUUUAUUAUAAACUUUAAAAUAAAAAAGGUUCACUCUAAUCUCAUUUGUGUCUGAAGCAUUUCAGUCAUAACAAUUGGCUGCAGGGCUCUCGCUGCUUUGAGCUCUUCUAGAAGAAUAAGGACAAUAAUAUUAACUGAAAGACCAACUAAGUUCAUGCAUAUGUUAUGCAGGAAUGGGGACUCAAGUCAGGGGACUUGCUAGCAAGUAGGACUAAUUUGCACCAGUGAUUCAAUUUGGAAUCAACUCAGGUGUUGUUGUUUUUCCAAUGACAAACUUAACUCGAAGCUCAGAACCCACCCCCACCUCCCUUUUUUCU